AUUUAUGUCAGCGUGAACAAAAGUUAAGUUGAAUAAAAAUCGUAAUUAUUACCAUUCUAAACCCUGAAGAUUGACUUUGGUCAAAGAAUUGAUUUAAAUAGCCGUUAUGAACAGUUCAAAUAAUGGAGCAUUGUAUUUAGUGACACCAACAGUUGAAAGUAAACCAUUAACUAAACAUGCAGGAUUUAAAGUUCAUUUGAAACUAGAAAAUCUACAACCACCAGGUUCAUUCAAACUUAGAGGCAUUUCAUAUCUAUGUCAAAAGGCCAUAAAUGAAAGAAAUUGUAAAAAGCUAGUUUGUGCAUCAGGAGGCAAUGCUGGACUUGCUACAGCCUAUUCAGCUCAACAAUUAAAAACACCAUGUACAAUAGUUUUACCAAAGAGUACCCCAGAUCACAUAGCUGAUAAACUGAGAGAUUAUGGUGCUGAAGUGAUAGUAAAAGGAGAAGUAUUUGAUCAUGCUAAUGAAUAUGCUGAAUCUUUAGCUCUACACCCAGAGUGUCAGUAUGUUCAUCCAUUUAAUCUUCCAGAAUUAUGGGAAGGUCACACUAGUCUGAUAUUGGAAGCAGCAGAUCAGUUGAAGAUGAAGCCUGAUGUAAUUAUAACUUGUGUUGGAGGUGGUGGACUACUCAAUGGUAUUGUACAAGGAAUGAGAAAAGUUGGCUGGGAAGACAUACCUAUUGUUGCCAUGGAAACUAUUGGUGCUGAUUGCUUUAAUAAGUCUGUUAUUGCUGAUAAGAUUGUAACUUUACCAGAUAUCACUAGUGUUGCAAAGUGCCUGGGAUCUCUAACUGUAUCUAAACAAACCUUUGACUAUUAUAAAGAAGCUAAACCAGAAAUACACUCAGUUAUAGUAGAUGAUAGAGAGGCGGUGAAUGCUUGUCUUAAAUUUGCUGAUGACCACCGUUUCUUGGUAGAACCUGCAUGUGGUGCCACACUAGCUGCUAUUUAUAGUAACAGUAUACAAAGACUUCAAGAAGAAGGAAGAUUAGGAACUAUUGAUAAUGCUUUAGUUAUAGUUUGUGGUGGAAGUAUGGUAAACUUAGAAACAUUACAAGACCUUAAAAAACAAUUUAAUCUGUAAUAUGUAAAGUCAUCAAACCUUACAUUCCCGUGGACCCGAGGACAUUGUAAGAUCCUCUAAAUUUGAAGGUGUCAAAGUAGCCUGUUCUGCCUCUAUUCCAGCUCUGAUUCAAAAUUUGAAUUCAAUUAAAUUUGAGUCACACUUGUAGAUCAAAAUGUAAUAGUAUUAAAAUUAUCAUGCAUGGAUGCCAUCAUGUUCACCAAGUG